AUGGUGAACCGCGGCCUUAUUCCAAUCCUGGUCACGAUGAUGCUCGUGACCGGAGUCUGCAACACUAUUCUUAACAAGUAUCAGGAUAUGCAAUGUGUACGGAACUGUGACUCUCCCAAUCCCAAGGAGCGCAAGCUGUUUGAGCAGCCAGUGAUUCAGACGGCCCAAAUGUUUGUCGGUGAAAUGGGUUGUUGGAUUGUGGUCGGAUUGUCGAUUAUUUAUAAGCGCUUUUUGGCACCUCGACUCACUCGAGAGUCGUCUCCGCUGUUCGAGGGCGGGUAUCGACCUGUGCGGGACGAGGACGAGGACGAGGACGAGGACCACACACUGGAUGCGCAUAAUGGCCAUGACCACCGCAAGCCCGCACACGAAGUUGAUGAUCGCAUUAAGUUGCGCGGGUGGCGGAUUCUCCUGCUUGCCGCGCCGUCUUGCUGCGAUAUCGCGGGCACCACCCUUAUGAACGUGGGCCUGCUCUUCGUCGCCGCCAGUAUCUACCAGAUGACUCGUGGAGCCCUGGUUCUCUUCGUCGGUCUCUUCAGUGUCCUCUUCCUCCGCCGCAAGCUCUUCCUGUACCAGUGGAGUGCGCUUUUCAUCGUAGUACUAGGUGUGGCCCUGGUUGGCCUUGCCGGUGCGCUGUUCAGCGGUGAUAGCGGUCACGAUAUCACCCAGGAUGGCGGGACCUCCGUCCAUGCGGAUGGAAGGACGCCUGAAGCGGUACAGACUAUUAUUGGUGUUUUGCUGAUUGCGGCUGCUCAGAUCUUCACGGCAACGCAGUUUGUUCUUGAGGAGUGGAUUCUUGAGAAUUAUGCUAUGGAUCCUAUUCAAGUCGUUGGCUGGGAGGGUAUCUUUGGAUUCUCGGUUACCGUGAUCGGUAUGAUUAUCGCUUAUGUGGUCGUCGGUAGCACGGAUGCCGGUCGGUAUGGCUACUUCGAUAUGAAGGAGGGAUGGCACGAAAUCAGCACGAAUCGCGCCGUGGCGAUUUCUAGUAUCCUGAUCAUGAUCAGCAUUGGCGGCUUCAACUUCUUCGGUCUCUCCGUCACCCGCACUGUAUCUGCCACCUCGCGCAGCACAAUCGAUACCUGCCGCACCCUGUUCAUCUGGCUCGUCUCUCUGGGUCUAGGCUGGGAAUCAUUCAAGUGGCUACAAGUCGUUGGCUUCGGACUCCUCGUCUACGGCACCUUCCUCUUCAACGAUAUCAUCCGUCCCCCUCUCAAGGCUUGUCUCCCCUCAGGUCGGAGGGAGGGCCAGGUGCUACUCCCCGAGGAACCUAUUGAGCACAUGUAG